CCCGCCCGCGUGUGUGUGUGAGGGAGAGCGAGUGCGCUGCGUCGGCCCGAUGGGGGUAAUCGAGGGUUUCGGGGACGCCGAGCGGCGCUUUCCUCUUCCCAGUGAGUGAGAGAGGGAAAUCGGCGGCUCUCGUGCCCGGCCACUUUCCCUGGGCGAUUCCUGGCGCUCCCUGCAGGAGGUGAAAGUCCCGGCGGGUCCGGAUGGCGUAGUUGUGCCGCGGCGCAGCAGCUGCCGGAGCUCGCGGCCGCCGAGCGCUGGGCGGGGAAACGUUCCUCCAACUUGCGGCGGGUGGAUCGCCGCUUGACACACCGCCUCCGAGGCGAUUUGAAAAUCAGGAAGGAGGACUUUUAAGGCUACUUCUGAUUUGCCAACAUUGUCUACAGUCUGAAGCUGAGGUGACUGAAUGGGGCACACUUUUGGAGAAAUAAAAAUGCCUUCUCACUAUGUGAUGGCCUUGUUUGCACUGAUGAGUUCCUGUGUGGCCACUACAGGUCCGGAGCCCAGUACCCAGUGUGAGUUGUCGCCCGUCAAUGCCUCCCAUCCGGUGCAGGCCUUGAUGGAGAGCUUCACCGUCUUGUCAGGGUGUGCCAGCAGAGGGACAACGGGGCUGCCGCAGGAGGUGCACGUCCUGAACCUCCGUGCUGCUGACGCGGGGCUCAGCCAGCCCCAGAAAGAGGUCACUCUGCACCUCAAUCCUAUCUCCUCCGUCCACAUUCACCACAAGCCUGUCGUGUUCCUGCUCAACUCCCCACAGCCCCUGGUCUGGCAUCUGAAGACAGAGAGGCUUGCAGUUGGGGUCUCUAGACUUUUCUUGGUGUCUCAGGGUUCCAUGGUCCGAUUUUCAUCAGGAAACUUCUCCUUGUCAGCAGAAACAGAAGAAAGGAGCUUCCCCCAUGGAAAUGAACAUCUGUUAAAUUGGGCUCGAAAGGAGUACGGAGCAGUCACUUCAUUCACUGAACUCAAGAUAGCAAGAAACAUUUAUAUUAAAGUGGGAGAAGAUCAAGUGUUCCCUCCCACAUGCAACAUAGGGAAGAAUUUUCUCUCGCUCAAUUACCUUGCUGAGUACCUUCAGCCCAAAGCAGCAGAGGGUUGUGUGAUAUCCAGCCAGCCCCAGGAUAAGGAAGUACACAUCAUUGAGUUAAUUACCCCCAACUCUAACCCCUACAGUGCUUUCCAGGUGGACAUAAUAAUUGACAUAAGACCUUCUCGAAAGGACCUUGAGGUGGUCAAAAAUCUCAUCCUGAUCUUGAAGUGCAAAAAGUCUGUCAACUGGGUGAUCAAGUCUUUUGAUGUUAAGGGAAACCUGAAAGUUGUUGCUCCUAACAGUAUUGGCUUUGGGAAAGAGAGUGAAAGAUCCAUGAUAAUGACCAAAUCAAUAAGAGAUGACAUUCCUUCAACCCAAGAGAAUCUGGUCAAGUGGGCUUUGGACAAUGGCUAUAGUCCAGUAACAUCAUAUACAGUGGCUCCUGUGGCUAAUAGAUUCCAUCUUCAGCUUGAAAACAAUGAGGAAAUGAGAGAUGAGGAAGUCCAUACCAUCCCUCCUGAGCUACGGAUCUUGCUGGACCCUGUCGCCCUGCCUGCCCUGGAGAACCCACCCAUCCGAGGAGACGGAGGCCGAAAUGGAGGUUUCCCCUUUCCUUUCCCCGACAUCUCCAGGAGAGGCCAGAAGGAAGGAGGAGAAGAUGGGAUCCCCCGGCCAAAGACCCCGGUCCUCCCCAGCAUACAACUGUUUCCUGAUCCCACAGAGCCCGAGGAGGUGCAAGGGAACAUGGAGGUUGCCCUGUCAGUCAGAUGUGAUGAUGAGAAGAUGAUCGUGGCUGUAGAAAAAGAUUCUUUUCAGGCCAACAGCUACUCAGGGAUGGAGCUCACCCUGUUGGAUCCUACCUGCAAGGCCAAGAUGAAUGGCACCCACUUCAUUUUGGAGUCUCCCCUGAAUGGCUGUGGUACUCGUCACCGGCGGUCAGCCCCAGAUGGUGUGGUUUACUAUAAUUCCAUUGUGAUACAGGUUCCGUCACCUGGAGAUAGUAGUGGCUGGCCAGACGGUUACGAAGAUCUGGAGUCAGGCGAUAAUGGAUUUCCAGGAGAUAUGGACGAAGGUGAUACCUCCUUCUUCAGCCGACCUGAAAUCGUGGUGUUUAAUUGCAGCCUGCGGCAGGUGGGGAAUCCCAAUAGCUUCCAGGACCCACCCAACAGAAACAUCACUUUCAACAUGGAGCUGUACAACACUGACCUCUUUCUCGUGCCCUCUCAGGGGGUCUUCUCCGUGGCAGAGAAUGGACACAUUUAUGUUGAGGUAUCUGUUACUAAGGCUGACCAAGAAUUGGGAUUUGCCAUCCAAACGUGCUUUAUCUCUCCAUAUUCAAACCCUGAUAGGAUGUCUGAUUACACCAUCAUUGAAAACAUUUGUCCUAAAGACGAAUCUGUGAAAUUUUACAAUCCCAAGAGGGUGCACUUUCCUAUCCCACAAGCUGAGAUGGACAAGAAGCGAUUCAGCUUUGUGUUUAAGUCCAUUUUCAACACCUCACUGCUCUUUCUACAAUGUGAGCUCACGUUGUGCACCAAGAAGGAAAAAGACCCCCAGAAGUUACCUAAGUGUGUGCCCCCGGAUGAAGCCUGCACCUCACUGGAUGCCUCAAUGAUCUGGGCCAUGAUGCAGAAUAAGAAGACAUUCACCAAGCCCCUCGCUGUGAUCCACCAGCAAGUAGAAGCUAAAGAAACAGGUCCAAGCAUUAAGGAACUGAGUCCAAUUUCUCCACCAGUUUUCCACGGUCUGGACACCCUCACCGUGAUGGGCAUUGCGUUUGCGGCGUUUGUGAUCGGAGCGCUCCUGACGGGGGCCCUGUGGUACAUCUAUUCUCACACAGGUUGGAUGAGUGACUUGGAUUCUCCUGCAAGGAAAUCGCUGAACAAUGAGAACUCGGCUGUUCCAAAGACUGGGCUCCAUACAGACAGACAAGGCCCCAGGAGAGGUGAGUUCCACUUUCUCCUGGGCCCAACCAUUCCCCGUCACACAGGAGUGAAGACUACUUCAGAAGCAGACCAUGACCAAGCUUCUGUCGGGAGAGUGGAGAAUGGGAGCAAACAGGUGGUUUAUAUGUCAUCUCAUGUAGUCCUCACCACGGCCUCGGGAGGCUGCUUCCCAGACCAAGAGCCUGAGACCAAAAGGGACCAGACAGCUUGCCAAGAACAAGAAGACAUUCAUUCAUGGAGCCAGUGGAGGCCCCAGAAUUUCCAUGUAAGAGGGGCUCAGGGGCAGCAGUUGAGUUGGAAUGAACACCUGGAACAUUAUCAUGAAGCUGCAUUUGCCUCAUAUGCAUUUUCUAACAAAGCAUUUAAUCACAUUUUACAUUGUUGACGUCUGUAAUGCUAUUUUUAUUUUGUCUUGGAGUGACUGGUGGGGGCAGUUGAAGAUGGGGCUAGAGCCCCUCUGUCACGCCCCCCCGGCGCUCCUGGGCAUCAUGCAGGGCAAGUCAAGAUUUGGCCCCUGGUCUGACUCCAAAGCUCAUGCUGACCUCAGGGUGAGCAGAAAAACCUCUUUAAAUGUUACUGGGGAUUUGUUUUGUUGUUUUUGUACUUCAUUUAAACUAAUAUAACUAAAUAAGGCGGGAGAAAGCAGACCGCGUGAUUUAACCUAUUUUCCUGCAGACUCUCCAAAUACAGAAAGCUGGCCUGGAGGCUGGCCCUGUCUUCACUCCAGCUCUAUGCUGGCCCUGGACCCUCUGCUGGCCCCUUCCUCCGGCCUGCAGGUGCUGCUGCUUGCUACAUGGGCAGGAGGAUCCCCCAUCUGCUGCUUCCCCAGGGGACACUGCGGUCUGUCUGGGUCAAGGCUGGAACUCCUUUUUUCCUUUCCUCUUACAAACAGAAAUGCCUCCCAUGUUUGUCCUAUCGGGCUUGCAGUCCCAGAUGUGUCAGGAGUUGGUUCCCGUAAAGCAGCCCAACCAAGGGGCUCUUCCACCGCAUUACAUAAUGGCAGUCUUCACGUCAUUUUCCAUUGGUUUUGGACUGUGAUGCAUCGUCCUUUGGGGAUGUGCUCAAGUUCAGGCUCCGUCAGAGUCAGGAGAGAAAAGCCCAACAGCAAAACAAGUGGAAAGUAAGAGAAUACUGGCCACGUGGCCUUAGGGCUCUUCUGAAAUGCCUGCCUGUUCCUGUGUUUUGUUCCUGGAAGGUUGUCAACGGUCUUCUUAAUGCUAGUUCUGAUGUUUUUUCCCUCAUUAUCAAUCCUCCUGCCUUGUCUUUGAACAUUUAACACUGUUGACCACUUUUUUUCUGCUUGAGGCUGCUUCUCCCUUAAUUUCAGUAACCCUGCACUUUUGGAAUUUGGUUUUCCUACUCACUCCUCUUCUUUCCUUAGCUGAGCAUUCUGCUUCUGGAUCCCCUUUGCCUUGCCAUUCACUUUCAACCUGGCAUUCCUCAGGGGGCCUCUGUGGUGAACCAGUUUUCAAUUACAAAUAGUUUCAAAAAUUAUAAUGGCUCAAUCACAAAAGAAGUCAAUUUCUUACUUAUGUAUUAGCACACAGUGGCUUUUCCUUUUGGCAGGUGGAUUUCCUCCACCUGGGGACCGAGAAUCCUCAUUCUAUGGCUUCACCAUCCCCCUAGACCUCUAGGGCCUCACUGUUACCUAUAUCCUGCCAGCCAAAAAAGGAAGAAAAGAAUGAAAAAGGCACAUCUGAUUUGAGACUUUGGCCUGGAAGUGGGACGCCUGGGUGGCUCAGUUGGUUGAGGGUCUGACUUCAGCUCAGGUCAUGAUCUCAGGGUCCUGGGAUCGAGCCCCAUGGCAAGCCCCACACUGGGCUCCAUGCUUAGAGGGGAGUCUGCUUCUCCUUUCCCUCCACCCCCCACCCCACUUGUGUGCGCUCACACACACUCUCUCUCUCUUAAAUAAAUAAAUAAAAUCUUAAAAAAAGACUUUGGCCUGGAAGUGACAGACAUCACUUCUGCUCAUUCUCCAUAGAAGAAAACUAGUCAUGUGGCCCCUUCUAGAUGCAAAGAGGGCAGGAAAACAUGGUUCAUGUCUAGGAACCUCUUCCCCAGCAACAAGUCUAUUCUAAGGUAGGGAAGAUGGACUUCGGGACACAGUUGGCCAUCUCUGCCACAGCCUUGGAGUUCUCUCACCAGACUCUCACCCUUGGUGACCUACUCAUCCAUUCUUCUCAUUUCCUUCUUUACCUCAGCAUUCUCCAUCCAAAGCUGGCUCUCGUUCUGCCCAUCCCCAGUUCUGUCAGUGGAUCACCAUUCUUCUGGCAUCAUCCAUAAUCCUUGCCUUUCCUCUGGGCUCCCAUCCAGUGCCUCCCUGAGUCCUUGCUCAUUCGUCCCUUUUUCUGUCUUCAACCUUCCACUUUUCUGAUCUAUUUAGAAUGCUUCUGACAGGCUAAUCUUUCUAGAACACUUUUAUUAUGUCACUGCCAAGAAAUUUUCUUUAAGAACCUAUGAUUCCUCAUAGCCACUUUAGAAACGUGAAACAGUUUUAAAUAGUAACAGCCUAUAAAUAGUACAGCUUGUUAGACAAAACAGUUAUUUUUUAAUCUGAAGGGCAAGUUGAGUUCAGUGUGAUGAGGUAUAACAACCAACAGACAAGGAAGCAAGAAAUCCUAAUUCUAGCUUACUCUCUACCUCUAACCAAAUCUCUGAGCCUCAGUUUUCAUUUUGUAAAACUUAGAAGGUAGCCUUUUUCCUGUUUGAAAUCCAUGCACAGAUGAUCUCUUUUGGUUCCUUCCAGCACAAUGAUCAAUAAUUCCAAAACUACAACCUCCCCUGCCUAGUUUUUUAAGACCCUCCAUAAUGUGACCCCACUCUCUUUCUCCAGCUUAGUCACUCACACCUUCCUAAAUGCUUUCUCUAUUCUGUCAACAUGUUUUCUCUGUAUGUCCCAGGUGUGCUGAGUGUAAUCUAGCCGAGCGUGAGUGCCACACCACUUUCCCUGUCCGGGAUCUCUUCCCCCUGCUCUCUGCCCAUCUAAGGCCCACCUAUUCUGUAGGCACUGUCAGGAGCCAGCCUGGAGCAUCUUGGAGGAUUUGAGGCAUUUAGAAGGACAUUGCCACCCCACUGAGCUUGCCACUUAGGAGCUCCAUGACAUCAGUAACACAUGUAAAUUUUGCUUUGUAAAAUGCCCUCACUACAUUAUUUAGUCCUGUGAUUGCUUCAUGAGUUAGUUUUGUUUCCCCAGGUAACUGGCUGACUGGUUAGAUUAAUUGAUGAUUGAUUGGUUGAUUGAUUUCAUCAGUCAACAAGGCUUGGCAUAAGGUUGAACCAUGUGAAGUUGCUGAUAUUUGACUGCUUUUGACCUACAAAGAAAUGGCAAUUUCCUAAGUAAACCUGAUAAAGUAUUCUAAAAAUAUUUGUUAUUCUUUCCACUCAACUUAGUCCAAUCCUCCAACACAGGGGAAGCCAACAUCUGGGAGUAAGAGUCAAAAUCCUUGUGGAUGUGAUUGCUACAUUUUCUUUUGUUGGUCAUUUUCUAUGCUGUGAUUUGGGGGAAAGAGCUACCCCUGGAGGAGUGGCACAUUUUCUCUCUCUCUGAGGUGGGCCUACGCUUUCAUCUGCACUAGACCAAAGGUCUGUGAGAUUUGGAAGGACAGAUUUUAGACCCAGGUCUUGGCAACUGGGCCUCCCCACCUUAA